AUGUCUCAUUAUCACUCACUAGGAGAGUUGAUUUGGGCGAAGAUCGCUCUCACCCAGAAGUCUCAACCCACCAGCGUAAACACAGAUCGCAAGACUUUCGAUGGUUUCCUGGCUGCACAUCGCGUCGAAGCAACUCACAUUCUAGGUGCCGCUCCAGAUCUAGCUGACGAAAUCCUUUGGCUCACGGAGAAGUUGACCUGGAAAACAUACUUCGGAAUUCUAAAACAUUUUCCUGGUGUCAGCCCUCGCGAAUCUGCGGUUGGGGUCUACUACUCACUUGCAGACCUGUUGUGGGCCAAGGUUGAAUUGGAGUCUCGGGGUAAUGCUGCAGAACUUAAGCAAAAUUACAGUGUCUUUCAAAUGCUCCGCCAAGCUAAUUUUGCGACUGUCAAAAAAAACUCCUCUUCGGAUCGAAGCCUUAGUUGGCAGUUGUACCAAUCUGAGGUUGAUCUGUGGGCUGGCUUUGGCAACAGCGGCGUAUUUCCUGGAGUUGAGCCAUGUCAAUCGGCGCAUCAAGACGAACACCACACAUCCUGCGACAAAUUUACAAUGGUCGGUAACUCCCUCCUUGGUGUGUCCCAAUUGCCCCUUAGCCCUGUUACUUGGCCUCAAGCUUCGGAAACUGGUAAAAGCAACCGUGAAAGUUCCAUCCCCACAAAGGCUAUUUCGACGAAACCAAACUCACCUGAAAAUCGCAAUGGGUUCCAGGAGAAGUCUCCAGAUAUCGCAGCUCUCCCCCCGCUUGCGCCAACCCAGUGGGCACCAAGCCAACGCGAAAAUACGAAACCGAGCCCAGUUCUGACAACAGCAGAUAAUAGAGACAAGGUCGAUCAAGAAAAAACACCAUCACAGUUGACAACAUUCAAGCAACUUGGUAUCACAACUAACGGUCCAAUUCCUGCGUCGGCGUCGGGCAGUUCGUCACCUCGACCUGUCCGGUUCACUGUAUCAGAAAACAAAGCGUUCACACCCUUCAAGCUUACGGCAAAGAAAGGUAAUGAAUUUGUUCCAACAAACGAAGAGAUCUUUUCUGCCGAUUCCGUUACUCAGGCACAUAUGGCGAAGACUCUUGGCGGAUUAGGUAGAUCGAAAUGGGCAUAA